CUCUCUCUCUCUCUAUUCUAUCAAAUCAAAUCGUUGCUGUGAAAUCUUUUUGGUUUUCAGUAUCAAACAAAAACUACUACAAAAAGAAAAUACACCCACCAAAUCAUUUCCUUCAACCGCAAGCCUAAAGCGCUUCAAUUUAAUUCGAAUAACUGUCACAUUCCAUCGGAUAAAACAAAUAGAAUUUUCAUUAUUCAACAUUCAACAAACUCCCUUCUUUCAAGGACAAGGAUUCUGGAGCAAAGACAUGGCCUUGUUUCGUAAACUCUUUUACAGGAAGCCACCUGAUGGCCUUCUGGAGAUCUGUGAACGUGUCUACGUUUUUGAUUGCUGCUUUACUACUGAUGCUUGGGAAGAAGAAAACUACAAAGUCUACAUAACGGGAAUUGUUAGUCAUCUUCAUGAUCACUUCCCCGAUGCUUCAUUCUUGGUCUUCAAUUUCCGGGAAGGAGAAACGCAAAGCCAGAUGACUGAAUUCUUAUCCGAGUAUGAUAUGACGAUAAUGGAUUACCCUCGUCAAUAUGAAGGGUGCCCGUUACUUGCAAUGGAGGUGUUCCACCAUUUUUUGAGAUCAUGUGAAAGUUGGCUCUCACUUGGUCAGCAAAAUUUGCUUCUAAUGCAUUGUGAACGAGGUGGUUGGCCGGUCUUGGCUUUCAUGCUGGCUGCAUUGCUGUUAUAUAGGAAGCAGUACAGUGGAGAGCAGAAGACGUUGGACAUGAUAUACAGGCAAGCUCCCCGUGAGCUUUUGCAGUUGCUGUCACCUCUGAAUCCAAUUCCUUCACAGUUGAGGUAUCUACAGUAUGUCUCGAGGAGGAAUGUGGCCUCAGAAUGGCCGCCUUUGGAUCGAGCUCUCACCUUGGAUUGCGUCAUUCUUAGAUACAUUCCUAAUUUUGAUGGAGAAGGAGGCUGCCGUCCAAUAUUUCGAAUAUAUGGACAGGAUCCUCUUCUUGUUGCUGAUAAAACUCCAAAAGUUUUGUACUCAACUCCCAAAAGAGGCAAAUUUGUACGGCAUUAUAAGCAGAAAGAGUGUGCGUUAGUUAAAAUUGACAUAAAUUGCCAUAUUCAAGGUGAUGUUGUGGUUGAGUGUAUCAACUUGAAUGAUGACAUGGAAAAAGAGGCGAUGAUAUUCAGGGUUGUGUUUAACACUGCUUUUAUAAGGGCAAACAUUUUGAUGCUUAAUCGUGAUGAGAUUGAUAUAUUGUGGGAUGCUAAGGAGCUGUUUCCAAAAGAAUUUAGAGCUGAGAUUCUUUUCUCAGAAAUGGAUGCUGCUUCUUCCAUUAUUUCCAUGGAUUUUCCUUCCUUUGAAGAGAAAGAAGGUCUUCCUAUGGAAGCAUUCGCCAAAGUUCAUGAAAUCUUUAGUCAUGUUGACUGGUCAGAUCCUAGGGCAGAUGUUGCAUUUAACAUGCUCCAACAUAUAGGUGCAUCAAAUAUUGUCCAAGAAAAGUCUGACAGUGAUAGGAAUAGCAGUGUGGAUCUCAGCCCUCGGCUGCGGAGACUAAGUUCUAAAACACUUCAGGAUGAAACAAAGUUCACAGUAUCACCACGUAGCCCAAGAAGUCCUGCAUCUAUCGGUAUGAAGAUUCUAUCUGCAUUCUCACAAAUGUCAUCUCUUGAUUCUGAUACAAGUAAGGAGGCUAAGCCCCAAGACUCUCGCAUUGAACCAUUCAGUCAGUCUGGUGUCAUGCACCAACAAAAUAACCAGUCUACUGCAGGGCCACUUCUGCAUGAUUCUGUGUCAUCUGUUAGUCAGGUCAGUCAUCUAACUGCAGCAUCUGCAGAUGCAGUAAAUGAUUCUCCAGUUGUGUCACAUAAACCGAAAGCUGUUGAAACUAAAAGCAUUUCAGUUUCUCCACAAACACCUUUAUCUGCCCCAGUUCAACCUCCCUCUACUUCUAGUGCAACAAAAGCAGCUCUUCCUCAUCCCCCACCACCUCCUCUUUCUUCAGCAUCAGAACCGCCAAAGUCUUCACCUGCUAUAGAAAUUGGAACUUACUUACAAGAAGGCAAGUCUGCAUUAGCCAAAGAUGCUCUUGUAGGCAAGACUCCAUUUGCAGCAGCCACUUCAAAGGCUUCCCCUUCUUCCACCUCUCCAGCCCUUGCAAUAGCUUCAACUGUGCCACCUCCUUUAACACCACCUCGCAAGGAGGACCCAGCUAUUAGAGCGAGCCCUCCUGCAGCCCCUCCACCUCCUCCAACACCACCUUCGAAAGAGAAUCAAACUGUCAGUGGCGUACAUCUGGAAGCAUCUCCACCUUUGGAGGAAAAUUUAGCUCUUAGUCCUAGAAUUCCAGCAGCACCUACACCUCCUCCUGCAUCUCCCUUGAAUGAAAUUGCAGCUGUUAGAGAUGGACCUCUUGCAGUUCCACUGCCACCUCCUCCUCCAGCAACUGUUAGAGCUGGGUCCCCUGCAGCUCCUCCACCACCACCUCCUCCUCCAAUGCCACCUUUGAAGGAAAAUUUAGCUUCUAGAUCUGCACCUCCUCCACCUCCACCACCUCCACCACCUCCUCUUCUUUCCAGGCAAGCAGCAAGUCCUGCAGCUUCAUCAUCAGCACCCCCACCACCACCGCCACCUGCCCCUGCCUUGUCAUCAAGUUCUUCUCAAGUUCCUGCUGCCCCACCACCUCCUGCUCUCUUUCCUAAAAAGACAAAUGGUGUUUCUCCAGAACCUCAAGCUGUAGGUCAAGGAUCUUCAGCUCCUGCACCACCACCUUUUAGUCCUUCGACAAAUUCAAAGAACAGACUUUUGUCACGUACUAUUAGUUCAAAGAGUCAUCAGACCAAGAAACUAAAGCCAUUGCAUUGGUUGAAGUUAUCUAGGGCUGUGCAGGGUAGCCUAUGGGCUGAAGCACAAAAAUUGGGUGAAGCAUCUAAGGCUCCAGAGAUUGACAUGUCAGAGCUUGAGAAUCUUUUCUCAGCAGCUGCUCCGAAUACAGAUCGUGGUGGAAAAUCAAGUUCGCAGACUGCACGUGGGCCAAAAUCUGAUAAAGUGCAACUGAUUGAUCACAGAAGAGCAUAUAAUUGUGAAAUCAUGCUUUCAAAAGUGAAGGUGCCCUUGGCUGACUUAAUGAGUUCGGUGCUUGCCUUGGAGGAUUCAGCAUUGGAUGUUGACCAGGUUGAUAACCUCAUAAAAUUUUGUCCUACCAAAGAGGAGAUGGAAUUGCUAAAGGGCUAUACUGGAGAGAAGGAGAAGUUAGGGAAGUGUGAACAGUUCUUCUUGGAGUUAAUGAAAGUUCCUAGAGUAGAAUCCAAGCUCAGGGUUUUCUCUUUUAAGAUACAGUUUGGCUCCCAGGUUUCUGACCUCAGACGUAGCCUUAAUGUUGUGAACUCUGCAGCAGAGGAGAUAAGAAAUUCUGUCAAAUUGAAGAGAAUCAUGCAGACAAUUCUUUCAUUAGGAAAUGCUCUGAAUCAGGGAACUGCAAGGGGUUCUGCUGUUGGAUUUAGGUUGGACAGUCUUCUUAAACUAACAGAGACACGUGCACGGAACAACAAGAUGACUCUCAUGCAUUACCUUUGCAAGGUCCUUGCUGAUAAGCUUCCAGAUCUACUAGACUUUUCAAAAGAUGUUUCCAGUUUAGAACCUGCAUCAAAGAUACAACUGAAAUAUCUAGCAGAGGAAAUGCAAGCCAUAAGCAAAGGAUUGGAGAAAGUUGUGCAGGAACUGUCCAGUUCCGAAAAUGAUGGGCCUGUGUCAGAAAAUUUUCGUAAGACUUUAAAGGAGUUCCUUUGCUUUGCCGAAGCUGAAGUAAGAUCCCUGGCUUCACUAUACUCAGGGGUGGGUAGAAAUGUGGAUGCAUUGAUUCUUUAUUUUGGAGAGGAUCCAGCUCGCUGUCCCUUUGAACAAGUUAUUUCAACUCUACUCAAUUUUGUGAGGAUGUUCAAUAAAGCUCAUGAAGAGAACUGCAAGCAGCUUGAGCAGGAAAUGAAAAAGUCAGCGGAAAGUGAGAAGUUGAAGAUGAAUGCUUCACAGAAGGAAUCAGAAAACUUAUCGCAAACUUCUAUUGCCAGCAGCAAUGUCAAAUGAUUCAGAGAGAUCAACCUAAACUGCUUUCCCUUCUCAGGAGCAGAAAAUUUAUAUAUACUCCAAAAGGGCCAGAGGCAUUCGAACAACUGUUUGCAUUGGCAGAAAACAUAAGGUGGCGGCUUUGUUGUUGAGAGGAGAACAUAUGGUUGACUGGUACAAUCAAAAUGUGAAAUGCAAAUACGAAAGUGAUGCAUUUCGCUGCUAACUCGAUGUUCCUGAGAGGCAAGCACUACCAACCACCAAUCCCAGUUCAUUUUCAGUCAUUUUGCCUAGUUUAGCUUAAUGCCUGUGCCUCUUCAUUUCUUCCCUUGCUGCACAAUAUAACUUACUGAUGGGGUCUUAUCAUUUUUGUUUGGAGCACAGAUACUGGGUUACUUCUGUAAGCAACUUGUAAAUUAUCUUCACAGAACUUGUAAGUAGUUUUCAAGAAACAUUUUUUUGGGGAUUGUGAAUCUCAUUUUCCCCCCAUCAAAAAUUUUGUUUUCAUUCCCGGAUUUGCCAAGUUUUGCUUUGCCAAUGUGCGCUUUGUUUCUCAACAAUAAAUAAUUGUGGGACUGUAUAUCUGCCACAUCUAUUGAUGGGCAUCCUUUCCACCAUGAAAGAUCUCAAGCUUCAGCUUUUGAUUUUUACAGAGUUUGUGAACUUAAAAGGAUCAUAUCUGAGGUAGCAAAGUAAUGCACCAGGUUUAAUUUUCCAUGUGCUAUGCACCCUGGAGCUUGACCAAAAGUGGUUGA